AUGACAGGCUCGAACAAUGCACCGAGGAUCAACCUUGUUCGCAUCGCGCAUGUCUUUUACUCCCACCAAGAUAUCACCAAAGCCCAUGAAUUCCUAUUGGAUUUCGGCUUUCAGGAAGUCAAACGGGUGGGCAAGGAUAUUUACUAUCGUGGCACUAGUUCCCAGCCAUUUGUGUACUGUGCACGACAUGGCAAAAAAGAUGUGUUCGGGGGUGCAGCUUUCGUCGUGGAAUCCGAAGCUGACCUGGUCGCUGCACAAGAGCUACCUGGAGCUACAGAGAUAUACAACUUGAACCAUGCGCCUGGCGGUGGUCGCUGUGUCACUUUCCACGAUCCCGUCGACGGUUUCCCUUUCCACCUUGUUUAUGGACAAACACCUUAUGCCGAUGAAAAAGCGUUCCCCCAGCUAGAUUUCAAUUUCCCAACGGAGAAACACCGGCCAGGUAAUGAGACACAGCGACUCCAAAAGGGUAAGUAG